UGUGUGUGUGUGUGUGUGUGGCUGGGGAGGAGAAGGGGGUGUUAACGUUAAAAAAUAGGCUGCAUAGGGUUGCUGCAGACGUAUCUGGUAGAUGGGGGAUUCAAAGCUUUCUACUUUUACACUAGCAGUGGAGGUCGAAUAGUUGACAAAAAACUUCCAAGUCGCAGUGAUGCCUGAUGUGCUGCGACUCGGCCACAAUAUUGGAGGAAUGCGCUUUGGUCGCUCGCAGUGGGUGGAGUUAGAAAGUGAACGAGCGCUGCCUACCAAACAGAGAGAGGAGAAGGAGGAGAGAGAGAAAAAGGAAAGAGACGGGUGGGCAGGCUGCUCACCGUAAACGAUGGUUGUCGGAUAGAGUCUUGAAGACCUAAUGAAACUGGCUGGUUGAAUUGUUUGCUGCGAUUAUAGAGCUCCGUAGCCCGGCGUGCUCUACACCUCUCGGAUCCCUGGAUGGAAAAACUGCAGCAGCACGCAGAUACAGAGUUUAAAAAAGAAGAAUAAGAGGACUUGCUUAAAACCUAUAUAUUAUUUUACUAUCGUUUUUUUUCACUCUCCAUUUUACCUUACAGUAAGCCUUUUCACGUCAGCAGCAACUCUUUCGCAGCGGACAGGACCGUUUCAUGUUCGGAGCAAGACCAACCUCCAGCUUGGACCCAAUACCGGCCUCCCGCACUCUUCUGGCGGGCUCAGAAGCUGCAGUUCCCGGCAUUUGCUGGGAUGUUUGAGUCGCGUUGUUUGGUGGGGUGAAGGGACCGAGAGAGUGGCCGGAGAGACCAAAGGGACGGAGGCCGAGAGAGGAGCCGAGAGCAUGGCUCUGGUAGUGCUGUCUCUCUGGGUGCUAACGAGUCUCACCUGGGCGGACGUGGUCCCGGUGUCAGCCAACAGGCAUUCCGUUUACUGGAACAGCUCCAACAUACAUCUGCGUAGGGAGGGCUACACAAUGCAGGUGAACGUCAACGACUACCUGGACAUCUACUGCCCUCAUUACAAUGACAGCCAGCGCAUGGUGGGCACCGGCGAGCAAUACGUCCUCUACAUGGUCAGUUACCGCGGUUACAGGAACUGCGACCCCCAGCUGGGCUUCAAGAGGUGGGAGUGUAACCGACCCCACGCCCCCCACGCGCCCAUCAAGUUCUCUGAGAAGUUCCAGCGCUACAGCGCCUUCUCGCUCGGCUACGAGUUCCACGUUGGACAGGAGUACUACUACAUCUCCACGCCCACCCACCAUCACGGCCGCAGCUGUCUGAGACUACGAGUGUACGUCUGCUGCUCCACGGCCUCUGACGUGGAUGAUGAGCCAGAGCCUACAGAACCAGACUACACGCUUAGACCAGGCCUAAAAAUUGACGAUAUUGAGCACAAGUGGAAAUGCAGUGGAGGGGAAAGCCACCACAACUCAGUUUAUUCACCUUUUGAUGUGUGAAAUUGAGUUUUUCCAUCUUUUAACUUGU